AUGUGGGGUCCUCUGUGGCUUCUCUGCACAUUGGCUCUGUUUGGGUCUUCAACUCAAGAUGUAACCAGCGAUGCCACUGCGUUCUUACAGGAAUUUCAGACUGUUGGAGAAAAGCUUUAUCAUCAAUAUGCGAUAGCACAAUGGGAAUACAACACUAACAUCACUAAUGAAAAUGCUCAAAAAAUGAGUGAAGAAGGAGCAAAGUGGUCUGCAUUUUACAAGAAUGCCAGUGACUUUUCCGAAAGAUACCCAAAAGACCAAAUCACAGACGAUAUGGUGAAAUUACAACUCAUCUAUCUUGGACAAAAGGGAGCGUCUGCUCUACCAGAGGAAAAUUACACUAGACUGAAUCAAAUCCUUAAUGAAAUGAGCACAAUCUACAGCACGGAAACUGUAUGCAGUCCAAAUGGAACGAUAUGCCUGCCUUUUGAACCAGGACUGGACAGUAUCAUGUUGAACAGCAUUGAUUACAAUGAGAGGCUCUGGGCUUGGGAAGGAUGGAGAGCAAAAGCUGGCAAGAAAAUGAGGAAACUCUAUGAGGAAUAUGUUGAUUUGGAAAAUGAAGCUGCUCGUAUCAAUGGAUAUCAGGAUUAUGGAGAUUACUGGAGGGGAAAUUAUGAAACCCUGGCCACAGACAAGUAUAAAUACAGCCGAGAUGAUCUGAUAGCAGAUGUGGAAGCAACAUUUGAAGAGAUCCUGCCACUGUACAAGGAGCUCCAUGCCUAUGUGAGAGGCAAUCUGCAAAAACAAUAUGGCACCAAGUACAUCAGUUCCACAGGAGGUCUACCAGCACAUUUACUAGGUGACAUGUGGGGUAGAUUUUGGACAAAUCUGUACCCUCUAACAGUCUCCUAUCCAAACAGGGAAAGCAUUGAUGUGACUCCUACAAUGACCUCCCAGGGAUGGACAGUGGAGAGAAUGUUUAAGGAGGCUGAGACUUUUUUCAAGUCUGUUAACCUCUUUGCCCUAAAUCCCAAUUUCUGGGAGAACUCUAUGCUGACGGAGCCUACUGAUGGAAGAAAAGCUGUUUGCCACCCCACAGCCUGGGAUCUGGGACUGAAUGAUUUUAGGAUAAAGAUGUGUACCAAGGUGAAUAUGGAAGACUUCCUUACUGUUCAUCACGAGCUUGGACAUAUCCAGUAUGACAUGGCCUAUCACAAACUUCCUAUGUUGGUGAGAGAUGGAGCCAAUGAAGGAUUUCAUGAAGCAGUGGGCGAGAUCAUGUCAUUAUCUGCGGCUACACCAAAACACUUGAAAUCACUUCAACUAUUGCCACCAUCGUUUGUGGAAGAUGAUAAAGAAACUGAAAUAAACUUCUUGCUUAGACAAGCUCUCACCAUUGUUGGCACAUUACCUUUCACAUACAUGCUGGAAAAGUGGAGAUGGAAAGUCUUCAGAGGAGAAAUCCCAAGGGACCAGUGGAUGAAGACUUGGUGGGAAAUGAAGCGAGAAAUUGUCGGUGUAGUGGAGCCAGUCGGUCAUGAUGAGACAUACUGUGAUCCUGCUGCUCUGUUCCACGUGGCUAAUGAUUAUUCAUUUAUCAGGUAUUAUACCAGAACCAUUUACCAGUUCCAGUUCCAGGAUGCUCUGUGUAAGGCUGCCAAUCACAAUGGUUCUCUUCAUUCUUGUGACAUAACAAACUCCACAGCAGCAGGGAAUAAAUUAAAGUCUAUGUUAGAACUUGGGAAUUCAAAGCCCUGGACCGAAGCCCUGGAGAGCAUAACAGGGGAGCUGAAGAUGAAUGCUGCACCUCUACUGAGUUACUUCCAACCUUUAUAUGAAUGGCUACAAAUCAAUAACACAGCUGAAGGGAGGACAACUGGGUGGAGUACAGAAUGGGACCCAUUUACAGCAGAUUCAUUCAAAGUGAGGAUUAGUCUGAAAGCUACACUAGGAGAAGAUGCGUAUACGUGGGACAACAGUGAAUUGAAUUUGUUCAAAUCUACAAUUGCAUAUGCCAUGUCUAAAUAUUUUGGGUCGGUGAAGAACCAAGAGAUUGUAUUUUCGUAA